AUGCUUCUGCCCAAAUGCUUGCUGCGCCCGCUGGCGUUCUCGCAGAAGGCCCCGUCCGCCAACACCCACUCACGCAUCGAGCCCAAGCCCCGCAAUAUCAUCUUCAACCUCAUCAAAGAGACCCUCCAGUUGCACAGAGAGCUCGACAAGACAAAGUCAAAGCUACUUGAAGCCGAGUCUAAGCUCUGGUCGAAAUGUCUGGACGCUCAAAACACGGCUGCAACCAAGGACGACAUCGAAUCGAAAACGCGAGUGGCAGAAAGAAGACCUGACGAGAUGGUCGAAGCACUCAAGGCAGAGCGCGCCAACAAAGAGUCUUUGAAGCAGGACGAGGUCAUCAAGGCCCGAGGCAAGUUGAUCGAGCGGCAUGGAACAACCAUCGAGGCUCAAGCAGACAUGGACAUGGCCGAGUAUAUGGAACGUGACAUCGAAGAACUUGAGAAGGUGUGCGGUGCGGCGCUAAAGCUGUGUGCGGAGGACAGACUCGGAGUGCGAGGCCGUUCCACUUAA